AUGGCGGUAAAUACGAAAUACGGACAAUCUGUUCAGGGGCUACUCAAAAUCUUGGAACUUGUAAGUAUUUCAAGAAAAAUCAAACCUUUUUUUAUAGAUUAAGGGUACGUUAAAUUGACCUCAUUCUGGAAAUAGCAGUAUAGAAUAAUUAACAGUUCGGAACAAUUAUCGAAUGAAGCUGAGUACACGCAGAAUCGACUAAAAAUUUGACUUGGUAUUUUAUUUUAUAGUGUAUAUUGACCAUAUAGUUUCGUACUCAGCAGCUGUACCAGUUGUGUGUGCAUGCUACAUUAAUUCACAACCGCUGAGAUGGGACAAACUCUAUGACUUCGCUUAGCUUGACAAAACGGUUCACCACUGGUUUUCCUGCGAAAUAACGUCUGAGCAACGACUGGUAGGAGAAAUUCAGAAUCCAUACUGAUGAUGUGUCGCUUCCUAGACCUGGGUAGUGCUUCUGAUUGGUCGUACCGCAAGAGAAAUUUGCUUCAACCAAUCAGAAGCUCUACCCACAUCUAGGUAGUGACACGUCAUCAGUAUUGUAUUUCCGCAGUCGUUGCUCAGACGUAAUUUCGCCGUGAAAUUAGUGCAUGGUGGCGUCGUGAAUAGUCUGUUCACAGACCCUAUAUUUUUUCUUAAAGUCCGUCGGGCGCGCGUAAUAAAAAUAUAAACAGCGAGGAAUAUUAAAGCAACGUCUGUGUACAGGCUAUACGUCGUGAAUUGUCGGCUGUUUUCUCAAACUAUGGUCAUGACUUCGCUUUUUUUUUUACAGAUAACUAUCUGCGUAGCGUUUUCAUGUCUGGCUGAUUUUAAACGUGAACUAGAACAACCGUUGGGUAGACUAAGCGACAAAUUUUCAGUGAGGUUCGUCUUCUUCAUGGCGGUUUUCGUCACUGGCUGGGUAGUGGUCCUAGUGGUGUUCUUGGUCUUCCUGUUCAGCUUGACGAAGAAAGACUUGAAUCUUGCAGUGAGUAUACAUGGGUUUGUGCAGAAAUCUACAGCCGUCAUUUUGUUUCCGUCUUAAAUUUCGCAAAGGCGCUGUUAAAAGAUAAGUAUGGUUGAUCAUGAGGCUGAGUAUGAUCUGAAGAAUUACGGAAAUCGAAGAGGAUGUUCAUUUGCCUGUGUCUCAGCAAGUUCAGGAUGUAGAUUGAUGUUUACUUUGACUAGAAAAUAAUAGAAUAUCACAUUCGCAUUAAUCCACAUGCUAAUUUGCGGCGAACAAGUGAUAAAUUAUUAUCAUUAUUAAUAAUUGGCUAUGUUUUUAGGCAUUAGUUCGGUUACUUUUUCUUCGCGAAACGUCUGAAAUGUUCUGCCACUUUCUACUGCCCACCAAAACAAAGCAGCCUCGUCCCCAGGUCUUCUCAACUGUCGUCCCUUUUUCUUUUGUUAUUUUUUCGAUUUUUUUUUAUUUUUUCCUUUCCUUUCGCUUCAGAUUAUAUAUCAGCAUAAAUUACUUAUAGUACAUGCACUGAAAAAUACCAUUUGAAACAAAAGCUUCAUAAAUUACACAUACAAAAAAAAAAACAUAAAACAUAAACUGUGUUUAUAAGUAUUUAUAAGAAAAGAGAGCAAGGCCAAUAUUGGGAGGUUAACAAUGCGAAGAUGUAAAAACUAAAAGAUUAUAUAUUGGGAGGCAAAAACGAGUUCAAUAAAUGUAUGUUGGAAAGAGGGAUUAAGAAAGUGUCGAAAUAAAUGCAUCCCAUUUACCAUAAUGUUAUAUUGAAGAACAUCAUUUUUCCUAGCAACAUUUACUUGUAGGUAGCUUUCAAUUUAGCCUUAAGAACGUCAAGUGAUGGUUCUUUUCUAUCUAUAUCUAAUUUGCACUUAAAAGAAUUUUGCUAAUAAAAAGGCUCAAUGAUUGAUUAUCAUAAAAUCUUUCUUGGUAUUGAAUUUACCAAGAAAGACAGUCCUGGAAAUGAAAUAUCCUUUAGUUCACUGCUACUGAAGGGUUAUCCCCGAUAAAACUUCUUCCUAAAACAUAUCCACUUAUUCGCAAAAGACUGAUGGGGAUUCCACUUCAUUUUUUACAAAACGUGCUGUGAGGGGAGUCUACAAUUUUGAAAACAAACAGUUCAUCAUUUGUGUGUGCAAUAAAAGUAACUAUCUAUUUCUCAUCCAGAGCAACCUGAAAAGGCAAAGAGUAUAUAUAUUUUUGUCCAUUUACACAAAAGGCUUGGUUUUAGGAUCUAAUUUGUCUUCCCAUUUGGCAUUAGCAGUAGGCGGAGUUAAUUUAUAAGAACAAAAUUGUUUGUACACAUUUUUUAAACGGAUGUUAAGAAUAUCCAUUAUUUCACAUUUUACUGACAAAAAAAUAAGAGCUUUCGUUCAACGUUGAUGGUGGAGUAAACGCAUUGCCAUUAAAACCUCCACCGGCUAUAAUCCUACAUUCAUCAUCAAUACCCAUUCUGUUCAGUUCUUCGGGUGGCUUGUUUUUAUUGGAGUACAAACAAGAGAGGAUAAAGGGGACAGAGAAGGCAUCCCCCAUACACACCCUAUUCCAUAGGUAAUUCGUCUCUAGUUAUUUUUAAGACCACAGAUCCCAAGGGGGAUUAGACAACAGCCAAUCACAUAGCGCGAAUGUGUUCCGCUGGAUGACCCACGCUCAGAGCCACGCGUCCUUCACGAAUUGACGCAGAACAAACUGGCGGAAGACGCGGAGAACGAUAUUGCUAUUCGUUUUGUCGACGAAAACGACUACAGGGAGAUUUCUGCUAAAGCUGUGUCAGCGAAACGGAAAUUAAAAAAGAAUCGCCGUUCUUCUCUUGUAUAGAGCUAAUAGUACAGUAGGGAAAUCCUUAACACACUGAAUAUUCUCCCAGGAUCAUUUAUAAUUUACAGUUUGAAGAGAGCAAUUUCUGGUUUGAUAUUUAUUCUUUUAUUAGUAGUUUAUUAUUCAACAAAAAUAACACGUCCUACUUGCUUUACUGAACAAACGACCGGUUUCAAUAGACCGGCAAAAUUUCUCAUUUUAUUAAAAGCACUGAGGUUACGACAACUUCGAAUUAAACUGAUUUCACGGGUUGUCAACGAGUUGUCAGAGUCCAGCGAUUCCCUUUUCCCAGGUGAGCGCCGACUCAUUUCGCUUCAAAAUUCAGGAAUGCUCUUGAUCUCUUUACGCUUUCAUUGCCUUUCGCCCGACAUGUUUUGCACGGCGUUUAGUCAUACAAAACCUCCACGAAACAUCCACGCAGCGUGAGAGGUAACUUUAUCCCGAUUCUAAAAAUAACUCGAGACGAAUGACCUUUGGAAUAGGGUAUGUAUGAGGGAUGCCUUCUCUGUCCCCUUUAUCCUCUCUUGAGUAUAAACUAAUAUUUAAAAAUACAAAUUUAUGGUCUUGCACUGUCGCCUCCAAACGAAUGAGCCGCACCUGACUGUCUGGACGCUCGGAUUUUAAUUCAAAUUCCAAGGAGUUUUUAACCAAGAAGAACACCCUACUUUGCUCAGGGCCAUGUUACCCUUCCGGAGCUUUGAUAUUGUGGUACCAACUUGAAAGCCAUGACAUAAAAAUAAUUAAAAGUAGUCCUCAGUAUUAAGACAUAAAAUCAACGACAUACUUAGAAUAAUAUUUCUUCACUUUUUUUUAUCUUUUAAGCUGCUCAUUUUCUCCGCCCUGUUUGCUCUGUUGUUUUUCAUUGCCUCUGGUCUCAUGACUGAAUUCUUGAAUGAUGUGUACGACGCACGAUGGCACAAAAUUCCUCCUUUUAAAAAAUUCUCUGACCUUCUUACUGUGUCGGUGGUAAGUACCCCAAAAUAUAUCACGUUUUUACUCGAAUAAGCACCGCCCGCGAUUAAGCGCCGAUUAAUUGAAGCAUUCUGUUCUUUUAAUACGGGAAAUAUUUAUACCGUAGUUAAUACAAUUUUUUGCGGCGUCCAACUUCCAUAUAAGCGCCACCCUCAAAUAAGCGCCGUAGUCGAGACUGAAAAUUUAAUAACCGCCGCGGUGCUUAUUCAAACUUGCAUCUGGGACUUGCAGUCCCUCCCCCACCCCCCCCCUCCCUGGGUGAGGACUGAGGUCUUCACCCAAGUAAUGCUGAUGACUAGGUUUAGGACAAAAGAAAACUACUUUCUUUUUGUAUCGGUCAACAACUCUGCUUUUCAUCCCUGGUUACGUCAAUGGCUACCGUCUCUGCUGUUCCUCUAAAUAAAGAAACGAACUUGGUUAGGAGUCAAACUUCAGACAAAAUCAGACAGAAGGGCCAAAUAUACUUAAACCUUGUCUAGUGGCCCGGUCCUUGUAGGCAUGUAAUAACGCAAUCCCCACCUCCCUCCCCACAGGGUGCAGUGGUUGAAUUGGUCAUAAAAGGAUUGGUUUAGUUUAAUUUGGACACUAAGAGUGCAAAAUAUAUCCACACCGAUCGAAGACAGCUAAGUUACACAGUUGGAAUCUUUAAAUUUUUUAAUCUCUCAUUUUAAAAAUCGUCAACUAAGGGCUUAACGUUCGACAUUAUAUACGAGGCAGGGAUAGCGGAUACCAGCGGGUAUCAGAAUACAGAGAAGCUCAAUGGAACCCUUUCCUUUUUCUUGCCCUUCUUCAUGACGACACCAGGGGAGGGAAGAAGAGGAUCGAAGGUGUUCAUUGGAUUUAAAAGUGCGAUUUAUCUCUAAUAUUUUCUGGAGAACAGUUCCUUUUUUUCAUUACUUCUCCUUUUUUCUAGGUAUUUGGAUUUGUUUCGGGGUUCCUCCUUGCAGUCGAUGGUUUUCUCCUUUGCAGUAAAAGCAAAAUUGGAGCUAACUGAGUAGUUAAGAUGCUGCAGCUUGCUUUUCAUAAAUCAUGUUAAUUUAAUAAUCUAUAACUAACCUGCACAGUUUUUUAAGAGUUAUUUUUCCCCACAAAUUUGUUUCAAAGCCAGACCAAUGAGGGUUAGCCUGAGGAAAUAAGCCGACGUUUUGCGACGCCACCCGACUGUUUCACGAAAUGUGGCGUCGCGAAAUGUCGGCACUUUUCUAAGGCUUAAUCAGGGUAAGUUCCGCGUGUGGCAAAACAAAAUAAAAAAUAUCAGCAAGUCCACAGCGACAAACUGAUGAAUGGUGCCGGGUCUCCCAGUUGUGAUCAGUACAAUAAUAACUUGUAGAAACCAUACCUGAAGCGGCAAACUGAUCCUUACGGCAAGGCGAUGAAGAAGUAAACGAAAGAAUAAAAAAAUAUAAAUAUAGUUUCAACCCCUGAAGAAGGUUUGUUUUCAAACCGAAAUAUUGGGCAAAUUUGUUAAAAAUAUUUGUUUUGUACUUCUCAUCGCCUUGCCGUAAGGAUCAGUUUGCAGUUUUAUGAUUUUUAGCGAAAGAAACUCGGUUCUGCUGCUAGCUUACUCGUAACGCUAUUCUAGGAAAGAAACAGCUUCGGGAGAUGAAGUCUUCACCACAGUUUCAGUGUUUUGCGCCUAAAGAGAUUCAGAGUCUAUAUCCGCGAACCGGAUGUUCAGCUUAUAGCACCAAUUGAAUGCUGAACAUUUUCGCUUCGAAGUUACGUCAUGAUCAGAGCUUCUGAGGCCAUCACUGGUUACCAAGCCUAGAUAGCAUAGUGUAAUUUGGUUUGUGGAUUUUCUUUCUCAGUUAGUAGAGAACAUUGUACUUUCAUUGACUUGAGACAAUUGUUUUUAAAAUUUCUAAAAACAAACAACGUCAAUACUCUUGAUCUUUGGCCAUCGUAGCUUGAUAAAAAAUAAAACUCAAACUACGGUGAUGAACAUCAGGGAAAAACCCAUAGCGGGGGAAAAUAUGACUUUUAACUUGACGCGGUUUCGUAUGCUUCAACAUACAUCUUCAGAAGUAACCGAUGUUAGAAAUAACAACAAAAUUCAAACGUAAGAUAAGUAAUUAAUCAAUAGGAAAUUAGAAACAAUAAUUUGCUAGUUACUGAUUUCUUAUUAGCAACGUUAUUUCAUGACUAGAGGUAAAUUUUGCAUCGCCGAACACUUGGUCAGUCUUGCAGUCAAACUCGCGCGCUCCAAAAGCUCUUCCCGUCCCUCGCGAGAUUCCUUACGUGCGCGCGUGUUUGAUACAAGGCCACAAAUUUUCAGAGCAAAACGCGUGUAAACAUGAGAAAAAUAAUUUCUCACACUGUUGAGACUGUGAUAACUGCUGGCAAUGCACUUUACAUUAACCGGAGAGCUGAUACAAGGAUAAUUUUGGGUGUUUAGAUAUUAAAUAAACGUUACUGAAAUAAAUAAACACUCACUUUAAAUGUAUCGAUGCCUUUGGAGAAUGUAUCUUUGCAAUGUAGUCCAGUAGCCGAGGUCGGAAAAUUGUCGUUACGUUCAACCCACGGGUGAGAAAAGGUUUGAUACCGGAUUUUGGUAGAACAGAACCUUUUGUUCAUUGUCUAAUAAUUUGUAAGGUCGAUUUGUGUUAUAGGUUUCGAAUAAACGACGUUUUUAUAUCACACACAUUACAGUCCAGCAUGAAAACGAGGCUGGAGCCUGAAUCGCCUUUUACUUUCCAAUUCUUUGAUUUUUAAAAAAAUCGCUAAAACAGUAUAACUUACCCAAUGUUCAAUAUAACAAAGCCGAUCAUUAUUAUAUUUUCUAGUCAACACUGUCACGUGACUGAUUGCGUAACUCGCACAAGGACAAAUUAUUGCUUGAAAUAAAGGAAAAUCGCGCUUUUAUCGUUUUUCUUCUUUCUAAGAACCGGUUAUAAAUAUCUCUACUUUGUUAUUAGUUGUUUUCCUUUAUAAAUAAUUUGCAAGUAACGUUUCCAGGAUAGAUCACAGAAAAACAUUUCAAGAGCGUACUGGGCACAACCACGCUUAAAACUUUACAACAAGCAUUUCUCCUAAUCUGUUGAUUCAAGACGAGAGCGGCUGUUAAAGAAUAUAUACAGUAAAAUGUAUAAGAGAUCAGACACAUUAUAAGCGCGUGUGACUUCACGCUGCCUCGAACAGCUCGGGCACAUGGUCCACCUGUGGAUAGAUAACUCUUGCAAGGCUUUUCCCCGACAUUCCGGAAUAGCUAUACUGUAAAACCCCGCGUAUAACAAAAGAACCUGUGAGGCUAAAAUUUUCACUUUAAGGCCCCUCCAAGUAAGAACCUGUGAAGGCUAAAAUUUUAAGUAUUUGUCCCAAGAUUUUCUUGGUAUCAACUUUGAAAUGGCAUUUCAGAGAACUGACUGUGAGUUUGUUUGUUAUGUUUUGUUAAGAACAUAUCUGCACUGUAAUGCCUGUAGGCAUUACAUUAUAGGUAUACAUGUAAAUGAUUUAUAUUGUAUUACGAGAUGAUAUUUGUGAUAAAAAAUUGGAAUGAAAUUCAUAUGAAAAUAUAAGAACCUAUUUAAGAACCUUGGUAGUCUAAAUUUGCUUUAAGUACCAUUUAUAUAAGAACUUGUUUAGGCUAAAUUUAAAAAUCCAGGUUCUUAUACGCGGGGUUUUACUGUAAUCUCUGAGUUCUCUAUAUUAAGUCCUAGUAUUCUAUCAAAAACUUGGCUAAAAUGGCGGAAACUCUCAAAAUCGUUGGAUAUUGCACAUAUGCUGAACCCCAGAAGCGAUCUGUCACUGUGACCGCGACUCUACUGCCUGGCUUCAGUUUCACGAAACGGAGACGGAAGUUCCGUUGUUCUGUCUUAUGAAACAAGCUGAAACCGUUUUCUGGCAUAUUAGUGCGUGCUCUGUCACAGGUGCCACCGCAAGGAUACUUGAAUCGGAAUUUUUUUUUUUUAUUUCUUAUAGCCUGGCCAAAAAAUCCCUUUCCAAGACAGGCAAUUAAUAAAAAUUCUUAUUAACCUCUUUGCUGCGGACACUCCAACCUAGUAUAAUUUUCUGUUUGUGUUAAUUAUUUACGUUCAUGAUUUCCGUCACGCGAAUUCAACUUUCCAUCUCGUCAUAAAUGUUGACGGAAAUAAUGUGUAGUUUCAACAUUAAAAUACGUGAAGCACUGCAUUAUUGCGUGUUUCACCACCAAUUUUAAACUGAUUCGUAAAUGUAGCUGAGAUGUAAAACGUACUGAACUUCUGAUAGAGUGCAUGCUGCAUGUUAGGUUAUAUACGGUCAAAACGAGUGUCUGCAGCGAAGCCUUAAAUAAAGUGACGUCAUUUUGGUGACCUCUAUGAAGUGGGCACCUCUCCAAUGCAGACAGUUCGCUCUGUCACUUCGGUGUCCUUAUAUGAAGAAAAGUUCAAUUGUACGCGCUUGCUGGUGUGAGAAUAAUCACUUUUCAAGUUGUCAAGUGUAAGUCGCCUGAAAACCCGGGCUUAAAAGAAGCCAUCCUGUUAAAGGUAAGUUUUGUUCAGAUGUAACACAGAGGAAUUAAGUGUUUAUCACUCGCCGUUUUCUUUCACCAAACAGUCGAAACUCCCGCCCAACUAAGUUAACUCCGAUCGCUAAUUUAUACGCCACUUCCACAUUUCCAAUAAUGCACCUUAUUUGCCCCUCAAAAUUUUGCAUAACCUUUGUUUGUCAUUUAUCCUGGGUAUUACUAGACGUUCCUCCGCGCGAAACGUCCCUAGCGGCGAAGAGCGAGGAGAAACGGGUGUUUUCGUAGACUUCGUAGGCUAGGGUAUUACAGCCGUCCCAAGAGAAAUUGAAAACAAUGCUUCUGCCCCCGGGGGGGGGGGGGUACUCCCAUACACUACCUAUACGGGUAUGUGCCGCCCAACGGGGUCGUGAUUUUGAAACUCCUGAUUUAGAACGGGGUAUCCAUUUCAGAAGCGUUUUCUAGAACGGGAUAUAAAAAAUUGGGGAUCACGGCUUUAUCUUCUGCUUAAAAUUGUUGCUGAUUAUGAAGAAGCAUUUAUUUGAUGUAUAAGUCGAACAAAUAAAGAAAUAUUUUUUUAAAAAAACAGGGCUAUUUCAAUUUUGGGGGGGGGGUACUCCCAUACACUACCUAUACGGGUAUGUGCCGCCCAACGGGGUCGUGAUUUUGAAACUCCUGAUUUAGAACGGGGUAUCCAUUUCAGAAGCGUUUUCUAGAACGGGGUAUAAAAAAUUGGGGAUCACGGCUUUAUCUUCUGCUUAAAAUUGUUGCUGAUUAUGAAGAAGCAUUUAUUUGAUGUAUAAGUCGAACAAAUAAAGAAAUAUUUUUUUAAAAAAACAGUGCUAUUUCAAUUUACAAACUUUCUAGAACGGAGUAUAAAAAAGAGGCCCAUUUCUAGAACGGGGUAUCAGUCUUAGGGCGAAUUCUAGAACGGGGUAUAAAAAAUUGGCCCAUUACUAGAACGGGGUAUCAGUUUUAGGGGAAUUUUUUUUUAGGACGGGGUGCCAAUUUGGAGUCCCGGGCGGCACAUACCCACCCAAAAAAUACCCAAGUGCCCCCCCCCCCCCCCCGGGGCUUCUGCAAAAUUUUGGGGGCAAAUAAGGUUCAGUACGGGAAAUGUGGAAGUGAUGUCAAGCUAAGACGACUUGUUGUUCUCUUCAGUCUGGUACUGAGACAGCUGCUAAGAAACGAUUCUUUCGAACAACAACUGAACGCUGGUGAAUGUCGAGAAAACAGUGUGAGCCGCGUGACUCCACGCAUGGCAUGGUGUAUGAAACAAAAAAAGGGUUCAAAAAAUAAAGAAAACGUAAUACAACCAACGAGGUCACUUACUGAAUAUUUUUGUCGUUCUAUGUAUAUAUUAGGCACAUGCAUAAUGAGGGUGUGGGAUACAAGGAAAAAUUGCUGAAUACUAAUUUGCUCAUAAUUGCUAAUUGGCUGACACAGAUGGGAUUUUUUCUUGAUCACGAGGGCACUUUUUGUAACCAAGGUAAAUCCUAUGCUUUUCCACCAAAAAUACGCCUUUAUAUGCUUUCCUUUCGAGUUAAGAUGAGAUAAUCGAUCGCAUUUACGGGCAAAGUUAAUUGUUGUUUUGUUAGUCUAAGCCCAUUGCUUCAUUGCCGUUCUCGUUGUCGUCGCCGUUGUCGUUGCUUAAGCUCCCUUAUUACAGGCGACUCGCUCUCAGCCAAUCAGCAUCAAAUACAGCCUCGUACCUAGGCCCGUUUGCGCUAUCCGAGUUACAAGAGGAGGCUUGUAGGCGAAUUUUCCCGACAAGCUUGACAGGUGACUUCACAUCCGAAAUCGCCGAGGACGACUGGGAACGAGGCUGCAUCAUCAAAUAAUAAUCAUGUCCUAUCUUAUAACAAGUGCCCUCUUGAUUAACUAAAAAUGUGCAGUUUCUUGGUGUUGCAGACGGGUGCUUUAACCAUCACCAAUACAAAAGAUUAAACGGACAAUGAACAAUAUCUAUACCACAUUACAAUAACUAUAUAACCAAUAAUGGUUUCCGCAAAACCAAGAUACACCCAAAAAUGCCCUCUAUCACCGUCGGUCAAUCAUGAUAAGCAUUCAGCAACUUUAUUUUGCUCAGUAUUCAAUAAAAGCCUUAAAAGGUAGAGACUUUUCUCUCAAAGCUAAACGAAUCCGUCUUAGUGGUUAUCUUGAGUAACGCUAAAUUAAUGGCUACGGUUAUCUACUUUUGUAUUGAGGGUGAAGUGAUUCUGGCAAUCUUUUGUUCAGUUUUGUUUUUCAGACCGCCGGAUAUGGCGCUUAAUACGGAAUACCUGAAAUCUGCUCAAGGCAUCCUCAAAAUCCUGGAAUUUGUAAGCGUUUAUGUGAAAUCAAACCUUUUAUCAUUAGAUUUUUAGGACAAUACUUGCAGUUUCGCUAAAACACAUGCAUUAUAGGGGCUUUGUUCGGUAAGGUUUAGCGCAAUUUAAUUAUCACACCAAACCUUUGUUUUAACACCAGGCGUUUGGAGAUCUAGUAGAUAAAACUGAAAACGUUUCCAAGGUUUUUUGAUUUCUCAAUGUUGAAUUCAUUGUAUGUGCUUGGUGCCUGUUCGAUAAGUGAUGUAAAACUUAGGUCUACUCAUAACCAGCUUUAAUUUUCUACAAAUUUCGACGUUAUAUUUAAAUUCAUACUUGGCUUGGCUUUGCUUUGCUUGGGGGAAUAAAACAAAACGAAAAUCAUCUUCAGGCGUCAUAUUUCGAAAAUGGUAUAUGAAGGUGUAAGUAAUACUACGUAUCUGCAUUAAAAGGGAAGAAUAUUUGGCUCAACGUACAUCGAUAUUUUGUUUAGCAAAUAAGCCUCCAAGAUCUCAUAGGCUUACAACUUUUGUUUGUUUGUGUGUUAAGUGAACUAAUGACUUUCACUCUCACAUGGACAUCGGACAUAUUUUGGAUUGGUUUGCCUAGCUUGCGCGGCGUACCCUGAGCCGUCAACGAGAGCUAAAGGCACGAGCUUGUCUAGCGGGGGUCAGGAGCAUGUGAAAUCAUCGGAAACGUGUUUCUUUCUACCAAUCCUUAGAACGUUUUGUCCAAUUUUCAUUACCAUUCUGUUAGUUUUCUGCACAAAAACGUACUACAUCUACAACAUAAUUAACAUUAAGGCCAGUUUACAAAUUUAUACUUUUUUACCAUUUAAACUGGAUUUCAGCGAAAACAACAAAUUAUAAAAAAAAAUAAGGAAAUCAGUCGUAAAGUGAGUUUUUGCGUUGGACCUAUUUUGGGUUCAUGAUCAUGCGCAGUAGUCCAGUUAGGUUAUAUGAAGGAGGUCAACGUCAGUACAUGUUUCAAAGUUGCUCUGGAGGUUAUGGGCAUCUAGCCUCAAAAUCAGUUAGCCUCGCCGACAACUCGUACAGCGUCAGUCGGCUCUAUUGUCUUGUGCCUAUUUGAGAUUGCAAUGUUGUUGCAGUGAUCGGCAGUGGCUGCAUUGACCUGGAAUUUGCAAGCGAAAUUAAUGACGGGGCUUCUGAGCCUAUAGCUAGCCCCUACGUUCCACGGUCCCUAGUCUCAAAUUUUGUUUUGUUUCUGCCUAGUGUUUGGUUUCUGUUUUUUUUUAUUCGGACUGAUUGUUUGUAUUUUUGUUUGUUUCAAAGAUGACUAUCUGCAUAGCGUUUCCAUGUCUGGUUGAUUAUGAACUUAAACAGACAGUCGUCUUCGGAGAAGGACUUAUACCUCGAGCUUGGUUCUUCUUCUUUGUGGCGGUUUUCGUCAUUGGCCUGUUAGCCGUCUUGUUGAUAUUCUCGGUCUUCGCGUUUAGCUUGACGGAGAAAAACUUGAACUUUGUGGUGAGUGUACUCAAACUAAACUGACCGACAUUUUGGGUCCGCCAUCUUUCAUUUUUCAAAAAUUCUGCUCCAAACUAAGUACCAAACUAAGUCUGAAAUAUUCAAAAUCAAUAGAACCACGAUCUGAAAGUUAAUACUCUUAGCUUGCAUGUAAAUUAACUUGUACAAUAUCGAGUUCUAAGCUCCGGUAACAUAGCAGUUGGUUUUAUCGUAACUUCGUGAAAAAAGUGGUACUGAUAGAAUUGAAAUGUGGUACAUAAAAAUAUCCUCUCGUCCUUAGUUUUUUGAAGAAUAAGUAUCCUUUCUGUUCGUUCCGCGACAUGUCACGUGACCACCUCACUGAGAAUCGUAAACAGUAGGAAAAAUAGUUAACGCAGGGUUUAAGUAAAGAAGUCAAGUAAAAGUAUCUUUAUUAUUCAUAUUUAAAAAAAUUCUGGCGCUUCACGUUUGGAAUGAAUGUCCAUUGCAUUCCAAUAAAAAAAACUGUGAAGGCAAACGUCAUUUCAAGGGCUCAAAUUUAGUCUUAAAUAAUAGUCAAAUCAAAGCUUUAAUUUGAAACUUUAACUUUUGACCACGUGACAUGUCCCGUGACCAUAUAAGAAGACUACGAUUUGCAUUUGGGGAAAGUUUCAUCUCGUUGUAGGUGUCCGAGCAAGAGAUAUUGCAUAAAUCAAGCAAAUUUAGUUUAACAGUCUCCAAGUCUAUAAUUUGAUGAUUGGAUGCUUUAAAGAGAACAGGAAAAAUUACCCGAGAAAAUGCUUUAGAACAACCCGAAUUAAAAUUUAACCCGGAUUACCGCUUUUCGUCCUUAAUUUAAUUUCUUUCUGUUUCUUUUAGCUCUAUAUUUUUUCCUUCCUGCUGGCGUUGUUGUUUUUAGUUGCUUCUGUGCGAAUGGCCGAUUUCAUGAAAAAAGAGUACGAACUGGCUAAAAUACACAAGGCAUUUGGAUUCCAUGGCCAUUCCGACAUUAUUACGGUCUCAGUGGUAGGUAUCUCAAUACGACUAUUUCAUUUUGACUUUGAAGUUCCGUGCCCGGUCAGAAAGAGCAAAAAAGAACUGUGGAUGUGCUGUGAUAUAUUUUUAUAGGUCAGCCUUAACUUGGCUUGCUAUCAGUCCCUUCACCCCUUAUCCCCCUCCCCUUCAGACCUUCUACAGCUCUUGCUUAAAAGGAAAAAAACGGCUGGUUACGCCCUUGACUGCUACGCAAUUCCUUUACACGACAUUAACUUAUAUUGGGAGCCACUUCACCAAAAAAACUCCGACCCAGGCACUUCUCACUACCAAGUGGCACGUGAGGUUCGAAAUAAGUUGCAGUCCCCUGUGCCCCCGUAUUCUGUUAGACUGAUGGUUAUUGGCCAAUAACUGUAAAAGAGAUGUUGUAAAGGUUUCCUCACCAAUCAGAAAACUGAAAUUAAAUAAAGGCACGCAGGCACUCCGGUGUUCUCACUGUUUUAGUCGGAGGUAUCCUAAUAGAUACUAUUCUGACCUCAUUUUAAUUUGUAUAUACAAUAUUUCCCCUCCCCACCCCCCUCCUUCUGGAUUGGAAGGCGCAAAACUUGGGCAUAAAGUACCGCUGAGAAUCGGAUUAGAAACCAUGCCUCUAUUCUGAACAAAACUUCAAACUAUCUACCAUGUACUGAUCGGACGUCAGCUUCAGUUUGGUUGGAAGCUCUGUUCAGACUAACAGACAACGGCUCUUCUAUCUCUUUUCGAAAAAAAUGUUAUGUCCACUUUCUCUGUUGAUUAAAGAUAUCCCCAUGUGCAAUGCAUCUGAAAGUACAAUUUACCUGAAUCGCAUACACUUCUCACCAAAAUUUGUUUAAUCUUCUUUUUUAGAGUUUUAGCCUCGUUUCUACCUUCCUCCUUGCAGUCGAUGUCUACCUGUUUUACAAAAAAAGGAAGACUGGAUCAGCUAACGAAACUAGAGGACAAACUGAAGUUUAG